CGUCACGUCCGGUUUGUCGUCAUCACCCAGCGACGUUUUCUCAGGCCGCAAGUGGUCACAGCGAAGCACCUCGUUUGUAAGAAAUGGCACCAUCACCCACAAAGCGAAAGGAGGAGGAAAAAACAAAAGACAGAGGCAAAGAAAAGAGUGGAACGAAGGAAGGAGACAAGGAGAGAGGACGGGAGAAAGUAAGGAAACGCCGCAGUGCUUCCACUGGCAGCAGCAGCAGCAGGUCCAGAUCUAGCUCUACUUCAAGCAGCAGCUCUGGUUCCAGCUCAGGGUCCUCAAGUGGAUCCAGCUCAUCUGGUUCCAGUCGCUCUGGCUCCUCUAGCUCUCGUUCCUCCUCCUCUUCAAGCUCCUCAGGCUCCCCAAGCCCCAGCCGCAGACGCCAUGACAACCGGCGCCGCUCCCGCUCUGCGUCCAAAACACAGAAGAGGGGAGAUGAUAAGGAACGAAGGAAAAGAAGCCCAAGCCCCAAACCAACUAAAGUUCACCUGGGGCGGCUGACAAGGAACGUCACCAAGGACCACAUCCAGGAGAUCUUCUCUACUUAUGGGAAAAUAAAAAUGGUUGAAAUGCCAACAGACAGGCUCCACCCACACCUGUCCAGGGGCUACGCUUACGUGGAGUUUGAGACUCCUGAGGAGGCACAGAAGGCCCUCAAACACAUGGAUGGAGGUCAGAUUGAUGGACAGGAAAUUUCUGCAUCUGCUGUGCUGACUCAGCGAGUCCGUCCCCCACCUCGUAGACCCUCUCCCCCUCGCAGAAUGCCCCCGCCACCACCUAUGUGGCGUCGCAGCCCACCACGCAUGAGGAGGAGGUCCCGCUCCCCCAGGAGACGGUCCCCAGCACGCCGCCGCUCUCGCUCCAGAUCUCCUGGUCGCAGGCGUCACCGCUCUCGUUCCAGCUCCAACUCUUCCAGAUAGACGUGAUAAAUUAGAUUCCCCGACACCAGGUCACCUGGAGUACCCGCUGACAAGAACCUAUGGACUCAUCAGAAAUAAAAUCAUCUGAUUUGUAGCUAACGUAAACAUUUGUCUGCAUAUAGGAGGUUGUUUUUUUUUGUGCAAAUGUGAGUUUCUUUUUGCAUUUUGUGUUGAUCCUGAAAAGCUGGCUCAGUUUUAUUUCAUGCUGAAUUCAGGCUUCAUUGACAUCUACCAAUAUUUCUUUUAAAGUGUGUCUUCUUUUUACCACGUACUGAAUUUUUAGACAUUUUGACAAAUAAAAGUGCUGAAACGUA